UCUCUCUUGUCAAGCAUAUUCAGACUGAAUUAACUGACUACACCACCUGAACCAAGAACAGAAUCACACUCUUUCUCUCCUAUUUUCUUGUUUUUUUUAUUUCACAGUCCUCAUGUCACACAGAUAAAUCAACACUUGGAUACACGUACGGCUGAAGGGAUACACUUAGAAGUCUUGGGGAAUACUGACUUUGAAGAAUGCAGAGCAGUCUAUCAAAGAAGUUACUGGCUGCAGGUCUUUGCAUACUGGUACUAUGGUCAGGAACUGGAAACACGCAGAAAUUACAAAAAAUGAGUCUGCACCAAAAACCUGCAGAUAAAUACGACGAUUACGAGUAUCCUAACCAGCCGCAGUCGGUGCAGUACCAGAAGAACGACCGCUGCCCCCCACCACCUCAGAUGCUGCUGGAGCGUGCCUGCGAGGUGCCCAGCUGCAGGUCCGACUCCGAGUGUGAGCGACACAAGCGCUGCUGCUACAACGGCUGCAUCUACGCCUGCCUGGAGUCCGUGCAGCCACCUCCGGUUCUUGAUUGGCUCGUGCAGCCUAAGCCCCGGUGGCUUGGAGGAAACGGGUGGCUAUUGGACGGCCCAGAGGAAGUGCUUCAGGCCGAAGCCUGCAGCACCACAGAGGAUGGGGACGAGCCCCUGCACUGCCCCACAGGGUACGAGUGUCACAUCAUCAACCCUGGGAACCCUGCAGCUGGGAUUCCCAACAGGGGGCAGUGCAUCAAGCAGCACGGAAACUCAGGGUAGCCAAAAAUGAGGGUAAAGCCACUCUAAGCAAACGUUUAGAUCGCUCAGUUCCAGAGAACGCAUCAUAACAAGGAACCAUCCUGCUGAAUAAGGAAAAACGACAGCUCUUCUUACACAGAGACUUACACAGCAAAGGGUUUUUAGAUCUUAUAUUUUUAUACAUAAACUUGCAGGGAUCAAAACAAACAUUAGUAAACCGGAGUAGUUAUUUACUUUUAGUAGCCUGGUGGUAGAACUCUUCCCAGGAGUUUCUUGGUACCUCAAGGGGGAGGGGAUAAUGAGUUUACAGUGCUUUCAGUUCUUAAGAAACACAAAUAAGCUAUUUUGAGUACACCGUUUACUUGGGCUUUGAAGUCAUCUUGGCUUUAAGGGGAGCAGAUUAUUUUGCUCUUUAUCAAUCAGUUUUCCUACCUCUGACUCAUGGUGAUAAGCUGUAUUCGCCAUCUCCCAUUAAAAUACAUAUGAGACCUAAAUAAAUGAAAAACAGCUGAUAGUUUUUGUUCUUGCUUACGCUAUAAGGAAUUUUAUUUGACUGUAUCUGACUUUGAGCAGAAUACAUCAUUUACAUUCAGAACUUUUUAAACAUGCGUUCCAAAACAUGUAUUUCAGAUUACUUAAAUGUGUUUUAUUGUUAUUAUUGGCAAAAGUAAUAUGUAAUAAAUAAUACAGUAUAUUAUUUCAAUAAUGUAACAUUCGUUUUUAAUCAGUAGUGUAUUUGAAAGUAAUAUGAACUAACCUGGUUUAACCCGUGCAUUGUGCACAGUAUAUUGAACAAUCAACAAAGUGAUAGACCAUGUAUUUUUUUCAGAUUUUUUGUGUGUGUGUGCUUUCAUUAUUUUUCAUUUUGUGUUCCUCAUUUUAAAACAUUAUUUAUUCAUUUUUGGACAUUUGGGGAUUGACCAAGUUCAGUUUUGCUGUUUCAGUGUUGUAAUAUGAGGCACCCCAACGUUGAGGUAAUUUUAAGACACAAAUUAGUUUGAACUAGAAUACAAUACAGUGUCUCUGCCUUUUUUGUUUGCAAAGACAUUACAAAAUGUUUUAUGCUGUAUACAUAUUUGCAUUUACAUUGUAGCCAAUGCCUUGAAAUGCCUCAUUUUACCAACAUUCCAAAGGAUAACCUUGAAUACAGUGCUAUAGUAAAAGCUUUAGUUUUAAUACUCAUUACAUACCUCUAAAAAACAUGGUGCUACAGACUUGGGAAUUUUUAUUUCCAGAAUUUAAAAUUAGUAGAUAUUUGAGGGAAAUUUCUUUUAGGCAGCUGGCAUAUUCCAAUUCAUUGUGGCAACCAAUCUUGCAAAUUCAUUUGAUUGGUAUUGGUUGGUAUUCAGUUGGGUGACAUAUCAAUAUAAAACUGAAAUCUUAUUAAACCAAAGACAAGACCUUAUACAUGCAGCCAAAAAUCAUGUAAGGUCACCUUUGAAAGGUUAGACUUCAGAUCAGGUACUUAAGAGGGUUAGGCUAAAUCUUAAUUAAAAUCCACAACCAACCCCCAAAACAUUAAUAUUUUAUAGUCACUUUGGGUAUAUCUGUACAUGCUGCGUCUUAUCUGGCUGAUAUGAAGUACUACAUUUUGACACAGAACAAUCUGGGAGAACGUAAUGAAAAAAAUGCCCUGUUGAACCCAGUAUGUGCAGAUCACAUGGUUAAUUAACUAGGAGAAGCAAAACGUGUUUGAGGCAUUAUAUCACCGAUUUUGUGUUAGCUAAACAAAUGGUAUCAGCACUUGAAAUAAAUAGCAAAAGAUUAGUCUUAUUAACCAUGCGAGAGCCACAAAAAGGCAUAAAUAGCAAGUGUAGCCGGAUAUGGGCCCAUGAAGGUGAUCAGGUGUUGUAACUUAAGAGCACAAUUGUGCUUUGGGUGUAGUAUUGGGGCUUUGAAGGCCUCUGUGCUUGUAUACGGUGAUCGUAUCAGAGGUGUAUGUAUUUUAGUUUUGACAUAGAUAAUCUGUUAAUGCAAAAUCAGUGCUGAAUCAUUCAAAUAUCACAGAUAGGAUUACCAUAUCUUUCUGAACUACAUCAUCCACCUUUAUGGCUCUUAAAGCGCUACUGCAGGCAAAAAGAUAAACUAUAUAUAGAGUGGUAUAGCAGCAUUUUUCUGCAGUUAAAAAAUGAACUGUUUCCAUGUGUGAAGUUAGAAAUAUAUAUUAAAACCAACCAAUGAAGGUUUGACCUUGAUAGACACACUAUAUACAUCUGUCCAGUGUUGCUGUUAAACUAUUAAGUAGAUUUAAAUCUGUGUAUUGUAAGUGCACCAUGGGUGCUGUAUGUAUGAAGCAAAAUUAUUUUAAAUAAAUAUACAGAUCACAAA